AUGGACUCGACAAUCACCACUGAGUUGAAGAGAAUAAACCAGAGCCAGCUUCCAAAUUAUCUGAGUGAUGAAAUGGAUUUCCUUGACACCUCAUUUUUCAAGAUAGCAGGUCGGAAGCUGCCAUGUCCCCAACAGCUCGGCGCCUCACGAGAAGGGAUUACCGUCAUCUCCGAAAUGCAGCUUGUGAUCAAAUUCGGACAACAUGUGACGAUCGACGAAGCAGUGACAAUGUGGGUAGUUAGGAAGUAUCUUGGCCAUCAAGUUCCGGUCCCAAAGCUUUUUGGAUGGCGUGUCUAUCAAGGCACCGUUUAUAUCUACAUGGAACUCAUAGCUGGGGUGACUCUAGAAGAACGUUGGAAAGACAUGGACCUCUCUGAUAAGGCAUCUUGGCUCGAAUGGCUUCCCCAACGGUUCUUGUCAUCUUCUCAGAGAUACAAAGAUCCAUAUCUUACUCUAAUGCCAAAAGACACAGCCAUUAAAUUCACACAUGCUGAUGUGCAUCCUACGAACAUAAUUGUCUCUACAUCGGGCUUCGGUCCAGCGCGAGUACUUGCGUUGAUCGACUGGGGACAAUCUGGGUGGUAUCCAGACUAUUGGGAAUACUUCAAAAUAUGUUACACCACACAUUGGGAAGGCGAGUGGCGUAAGACAUUCAUCCCAAAGAUGAUUGAGCCUCAAGAGGACGAAAAAUAUCUCAUGGAUGAAUAUACCGCGACUAUUGGAGCUGUAUGA